GAAACAAAGAGAACUUGCUUCAAGUACGAGUUAGUCCAUGACUUAAGUUAUUGCGUUAUCAGUGUUACUUUUAGGCAAAAGUAAACAACAAAAUGUCAAGCGAGGAUAAUGAGGGGUAUGUUCUUCGUGUUCGAGGACUUCCUUGGUCAGCAACAAAAGAAGAGAUUAUGAACUUCUUUUCAGAUGUUAAGAUUUUGGGGGGAGAAGAUGGUAUUCACACGACAUUAUCACGUGAAGGAAGACCAAGUGGAGAAGCUUAUAUUGAAGUUUAUGGUGAGGAUGAUGUGAAAAAAGCACUAGAAAAACAUAAUGAACACAUGGGACACAGAUAUAUAGAAGUUUUCAGAUCUAAAGAAAGUGAAAUGAACUGGGUAAUUAAACGAACUGGAGCUCAUCAGCAAGAUGCUUUAAGUGAUGGUUGUGUGAGGCUUCGGGGGCUUCCUUUUGGGUGUUCAAAGGAAGAGAUUGCACAGUUUUUUACAGGGUUGAAGAUUGUUCCGAAUGGGAUCACUCUACCAACAGACAUCCAGGGGAGGAGCACGGGGGAGGCUUAUGUGCAGUUUGAUUCUCGGGAUAUAGCUGAAAAGGCGAUGGGGAAACACAAGGAAAAAAUUGGGCACAGGUACAUUGAGAUAUUCAAGAGCAGCCUUCAGGAAGUGAAAACUGUGAUAGGAAUGGGCCACCAAAGAAUGCGAAUGAUGUCAGCUAGACCAAGCCCAUAUGACAGAAAUGAUCGACUUGGUGGUCUUGGCGGCCGCAGUGGUCUUAAUAGAGGCUCCCGUAGUUUUAGAGGGUUCAUGGAUGAUGAUACUUAUGGAGACUUUGGUAGCAACUAUGGAGGGUUACCAAAAAGAGGAGGGUUUAUAGAUGAUGACACUUAUGGAGAUGUUGGUAAUAACUAUGGAGGGUUACCAAAAAGAGGAGGGUUUAUGGAUGAUGAUACUUAUGGAGACUUUGGUAACAACUAUGGAGGGAUACCAAACAGAGGAGGAAGGAACAUGGAACCUAUGGAUGUUAUAGGUGGAAUAGGUAGCAGAUUUAAUAGCAACAAUGGAUUUAAUGGAAGAAGAUGUGACUAUGGUCCAUCAGGUCACUUUGUGCACAUGCGUGGAUUACCUUUCAGAGCUAUAAGACAAGAUAUCAUAGAUUUUUUCAGACCAUUUAUGCCUAUUGGGAUUGAGAUACUUUAUGACAAAACAGGAAGACCUUCAGGGGAAGCUGAUGUAGAGUUUGCUAGUCACGAAGAAGCAGUAAAGGCAAUGAGUAGAGAUAAGGAAAAAAUGGAACACCGUUAUAUAGAGCUCUUUCUAAAUUCGACACCAAAACCCAUGAGAAGUGGUUCUGAUAGCUUUGGCACUAAUAUUAUGGAUGAUAUGGGAGGAAGUGUAAGAGGCCGUGAUUUUGGUGGAGGUAUGGGUAACCAGAUGGGCUAUGGUGGGUUUGGAGGCUCUAGUCCAGGAGGAAGAUAUGGCAGUAAGGGGGGAUUUGGUGGAGGUAUGAGUUCCCAGAUGAAUUCAGGAGGAGGUGGUGGAAUGGGAAGAUUUGGAGGUGGUGGCAUGGGUGGAGGAAACUUUUUUGGUGGAUCUGGAGGAAUGGGCAAUAUGAUGUGAAGAAACAGUUAUAUAUACAGUCUUUUAACAUUGUCAUUUGUUGAGUGAAAUUGUUUUAUUAUUUGUCCACUGGUGUAUAUCUGACUUCAUUAUUCACUAAUAAUUUCUGCAUAAAUUUUUAUUUGGUGAAGUGACCUUCUUUCGACAAGUUUCAAAUUGUGUUGAAAUAUGAUGAAAAAGUCACUUUAUUAUUGGAUGUGUACUUCAUUUUAGUGAAGUUUCAUUGUAUUAGUGAUGUAAUUUUUCCUUCACAAAUUUAAUAGUAUUGAAAGUUACAAAAAUGAUAUUUGAUGUGUUUAACAAGUAAAUAAACCAGAUUACAUAUUAAAGUUAGGAGUUGACACUGCUUUUUCAAGAUAUUAAGUGUGAAGAGUUUCCUGGAAUUUGCAAACUUGCAAAUGGUACUUGCUUAUAGGAACUUCAGAUUGCACAAAGACAAUUGGCACUAGAUGGAUACAAGAAAAGUCUGAAGGUGAAAGAUUGAAUCCAUUCAAAAUGUUUUAAUUUUUUUUGUAACCUGACAUAAAUCACAUUUAGGUUAUUAUUUAGAUAAAAAAAAAAAAAUGUUGUAGAGAGCCACUGAUGGAUAUCAUUUGAAAUCUUUGAAUUACCUCUAUUAAGUAAACAAAAGAUUUAAAUAUUUUCUUAUUUCUGUCACUCAAUGACCCAAUCUUAGUGAUUGCUCGUUUUUUCACUUGGUGAAAAACUAUCAGGUUAAAUAUUAAUUUUUUUUUUCUGUCAAGUUGCUAUUGGGUUUAAUCAAUAAGCAGUAAUGUAACUUGUAGCUGAUUAAAAAAAAACAACACUUUUUCAUUAUUUAAGUUAUUGCAUGAAAGUAGUUGUGUUGGUAUUAGUACUUGGCUCAAACUAUUUUGACCAUUGAAUCUUUCUAAGUUAAAUAAAAGGUCGAACAGUUCAACCUGUUAUUUAACUUUGUUAUUUUUGUUGCCUAUGCAGUUUUAACUAUAUUUGUCCAUUAAAUAUUUCUAAACAACAACAUAAACAUUGACAAACCAAUUUAAGAAAGUUAACUUCAAUUCAGGAUGUUGUGUGGCCAAUUUUAUAUAACCGUACUCAAUAUUUGAAAGGUUUUUUUCUGAGGUAUUCCUGUUCUGAAUUUUUGUCUAGAAUUAAAGUUUAUUAUCUUCGCUUUAAUAUUUCAAAUUCUUAUUUAAAAAAAAUUGAGGAAUAAAACAGUUAGGGUCACUGUUUCUUUGAUUAUAGCUUAACUUGGCAGUCAAUCUGUGAAUGUGAACUAUUCAAGUUCUAUGCAGUAGAUACGAGUUAAUUUGAACGUUAGUUUCUCGUAAAUGUUCAUGUUAAUUUUGGAAACAUGUUACUGUAGAGAUAUUGGUUACACUGAAUUAUAAUAAAAUUAAGUUUGUAUAAUAAUUAAUGCAUUUAUUCACUUUUAGGGUUAUUAUUAUAGUUAAGAAGUUCAAAGGAUAUGCAUGAAAUGCUUCAAAAUGGUCCUUCUAAAUAUUCUGCAAGGCUUUGCUGCCCAGAGUUUAACAUACCUUUUUUUUUCUCAUCAGAAAUGUUCAUGAAAAACUAAGAUGGAUUUAUAGUAAGCAUAAUAUUUUAAUCGCAUAAAGUUAUGUUCUUACUAGGGGGGGGGAUCAAUUGUUUGAAUUUGGAUGUACCAUCUUGUAGGCAAAAGUGGUAAGAAUAAACUUUGAUACUUUUUUCAUGUGUCAUCUAUACCAGUGCCUUGCAGAUAAUGUUGGUUUUCUUCUGUUGUAGUUUAUGGUGUAUGAAGGUUUGUGUAAGGUUUAUUGUAAAAUCCAUGUACAGUGAAACAAGACCUAUCUGAUAAGUUUUUAAAAUGUUUGUUAGAUAUUUAUAAAAUGAUGCAGCCAUUCCAGAUUAGAUCAUCCACUCAUCUCCCACUCUUAGGAACCAUUUUGUCUACACAGUUUCACUACCCAUUUUCAUAUUUAAUUUAUCUACUCAUUACCACUUUUGUUUAUGCAUAUUCCAUCAUUUACAGUUCUUCCACACAGCAGUUUACAACCAAUAGGUAUAGUACAGUUAUUUGUUGAGCAUUUUCAAGUGUACAAGUCAACAUAAUUGUCAUUCGUAGUAAUAAAAUUACUUUUAGUUCUUGA